GAAUUCAGCUUAAAACGUAAACAAAACUAAAUUCUCUAAAUAAUUCUUUAUAAAAUACUGUAAUAAAUCGUUAAUUAAUAAAAUAAACACUCUUAAUCAUUUGACUUGAUUGGAAGUUACCGGCUUAAAUAAAAGAGAGAAAAGGAUAAUAAGCAAAAUGAGUUUGAUUCAAAAAAUUGUUGAUCUUGUUGAGCGUAAUGAAAAUGCUGAUGCUCGUAAGAAUAUCCUUAAAUUAAAUAAAGAUAUCAAAUCAUACCGAGAUAAAGUUCGUCAAUACAUAGCUUCGAAUUAUGCCGACUUUCUGCCUUCAGUAAUUAACAAUGAAGUUCUCUUAGAGGAAGGAAAGUAUCACGAGACUCAACUAUUGAAUCUAAGAGAAAGUCUUUCUGAUGGAUCUAAAAGUAUGUAUCAAGCUAAUGACGAGAUUUCCAGGUUGGUGGAAGAAUUGGAAGUUGUCAACAUGAAGCUUAACACUUCAAUGAAACUAAUGAAGAUUGACGGCUUGUUGGAGAAAAUCAAACUAUACAAUGAAAGUGGAAGAUACACUGAAAUAAAUCAUCUUCUGAAUGCGAUUCUGCUUAUUGUAAAUGAUCCUGAAGAAAACAUCAUUCGUCGCUUAGAUAUUUACAAUAAUUUGAAGUCUCGUUUGACACAAGAACGAGAAAAUAUGUUGAAAAAUCUGGAAGCUCGUUUUAAAAGUUUUGUUGAUAUGAAGGAGAAAUCAUUUUUGAAGAAUCGAUUGAUUACGAUGACGAUUACAAAAAACACUUCCAGUUUGAUUGAAUGUGUUAAUUCUAUCGUUGAUUCUGAUUACGAGUUCAAUCCUGUCGUUAACUUCUUUAUGAAAAAAAUUUUCGAGGCUGUCGUCUCACGUCCAAUUUCGUUGGAAAUCAAUGACAGUGAUAGUGAAAUUAAGAUGACUCUUUCGUAUAGUAUUGAGCCAGUGACUGAUGAUUUACGACCCAAUUAUAGUGUUGUAUUUAAGAAUUUACGUUCAGUCCUGCAAUACUUAAACAACAUGAAUGUUCAACUUCAGAACGAAGAAUUUCUCCUCACUCAUAUUUUCCGAAAUCAUCAAAAAGAAUUUCUUGAUAUAAUUUUCACGAAUUGUCUUAUGCAUUCCGUACCUAAAACAUUUGAAGAGAAAAAUCAGUCAACAAUUAGCUCUGACAUCAGUGAGAUGAGUGAAUUCUUAAAGGAAAUAAAUUUCUGCUCGAAUAAUGAAGAAGAUAGUUUAGAACGCUACUCAGAUAAAAUUGAUGAGCUCUUUUAUAAUCAAUUCACCAAAAACAUUCAAACCUCAGCUUCUGAAAUCUUAAAACGUGACUUACAUGAUAUGAUUCACAUUUCCGAAGACACGACACUUUCCACAACAACUCCAUUGACAUUCCCACGCUCAAUGGUUUCAAAGAGUACGCUUGAGUUGAUUCGUUUACUUGAAAAAAUUCUAAAUCAAGCUAAAACUGCCACUGAUAAAGGCGAUGAAAAGAAAAACUUGAUGCUUUCAAUUCGCAAGAUCAUUGAAAAUUAUGCGUUCACUGUUCAAAUUCAUCACUCAAAAUUCAUGUCGAAAAUUCCCCAACAAUCUGCUUUAUUCUAUAACAACUGCAUGUAUGUCUCCAAUUGGGUCACAAACUGCAUUGAAGUAAAAAACUAUGAAAUGGAACAAGCAGUUCAUGACUUACAACAACAAGGCUGGGAAGUUCUUGAAUGUCAAAUUGCGAAACAAAAAAUACAAUUGUUGGAAAUUUUGGGAGAUUUUGAUCCAUCGAAAUGCUUAAACGAAAUUCUUCCUGAACAUUUCAAACCAAUUCGUCAAUGCUUACGUCAGAUGGAACUUUUAAAGAACGUUUGGCAAACAAUUUUACCAUCUGAUUUAUACAACAAAACUAUGGCAGGAUUGCUUGAUAUCAUCAGUAAGGAUCUGACAAAGAAAGUCACGACAAUGGAAGACAUUUCAACGAUAUUGGCAAAUGCUUUAGUUGACCUUAUUAAAACCGUUGAUGAGAAAGGGCAGGCUUUGUUUGAAGCUGACACAAGUGUUUUUGUCAUAGUUACAAGCUGGCAAACUAUGUUACAUUUGCAGUUUAUUCUCGAUGCAUCACUCGUUGACAUCACAAACAGCUGGAAGUCUAAAGAAAUAACUCAAUCAUUCAAAGCUGAAGAAGUUAAGCGACUUAUUCGAGCUUUGUUUCAAAACACCGAUCGACGUGCUAAUGCCUUGUCAUCAAUUGUUUAACUUUCAUUGUAUGAUUUACAACUUUAAAUUAUUAUCCACAUGAAAUUUAUGAAUGAAUGAUUGAAAGCAAAUAAAAUUUUGUUACUCUUUUAAAAU